UAGUGUUGUUAUCCAAUGAGUGUCAAACACAUUGAUUGAUUGAUAAUUAAUUAAUUUUUUGUUUAAUUUUUCGGUCAAAUAACCAAUCAAUCAAUCAAUCAAUCAGUUUAAAUGAUUAGUUAGUUAUAGCAAACUAUCGACAACUAAACAAAAAAUGAGACACAACUUCAUUGUAUUGGUAUCGGUGUCUGUGUUUUGUCUGCUAUUGACCGCUAGUCUGUUAGUAGUGGUGGUGGUGUCCACUAGCGAUGGUGACCACGAAAACUAUUAUGAACUGUUGGGCGUCGGCAAGGAUGCCGAUAAUCGGGACAUUAGAAAAGCAUUCAAACGGUUGGCACUAAGCAAACAUCCCGACAAAAACAAGAGCGAUCCUAAAGCUCACGAAAACUUUUUGAAGAUAACCCGAGCCUAUGAAGUGCUUAAGGAUGAAGAGAUGCGCAAAAAGUAUGACCAGUUUGGCGAAGACGGACUCAAAGACGAUUCAUCCGGCCAUCGCUAUCAAUACCAUUCGUGGAAAUACUAUAACGAAGAUUUCGGUAUCUAUGAUAAUGACGAAGAAAUUAUAACGUUGUCGAAGAGCGACUUCGAGACAUCGGUUACCAAUAGUCCGUACGUUUGGUUUAUUAACUAUUAUUCGCCGCAAUGUUCGCACUGUCAUCACUUGGCACCCGAUUGGCGCAAAUUGGCCAAAGAGUUGGACUCUGUCAUACGUAUCGGUGCCGUCAACUGCGAAGAAGAGUGGAUCCUAUGUCGCCAACAAGGCAUCCGUUCCUAUCCAUCGCUUAUCUUCUAUCCCGAAUCCGACAGUUAUGAAGGUAAACGCGAAACACAAUCAAUGGUUGAAUACGUGUUAAAUAAAUUGCAACCACGGAUGACAACUAUCGAUAGAUUCAAUUUGAAUGCUUUCUAUACGCACACCGUUGAUGAAGAUGAUGACGAUAAUCAAUUGAAGACAAAGCCAGCAAAUCAAUGGUGGCUUUUAAUGUUUUGCGUUAAUAAUAAAGACUGUGCUUUUCAAGACACCCAACAAAUGGUGGCAAUAAUGUUGGAGAAUGUGGUAGAAGUGGCGCAAGUGUUCUGCGAUUCAGAUGACAAACAAGUUUGCGAUCAUUACGGUAUUCACGAGUCAAAGAUUGCUCUUUUCCAAGACAUUUCUGGCGAUCAUCACAACUAUUUCGAGAUCGCCAACAGUGACCAAUCGGUGGAAGCGAAACAGAUAUUUAAAGCGGUUCUCGCAAAGUUGCCAAACGUCAAGAAAUUGUCGACAAAAGAGUUGCGCACUGUUUGGCACAAUUUAGGCACAGAUUUGUCUACUGAUCCAUGGAUUGUCGAGUUUACGUUGAGUGAUGAGGACAAAGAAGUGAAUCAAUAUGAGACCAAACGAUUGGCGGCACUUGUCGGCGACGAAAGUCUUAAUGUGGGUAAAGUUUUCUGCGACAGAGAACCACAGGCUUGCUCUCAGUUUUUCAUUAGUAAAUAUCCGACAAUCGCUGUACUCAAUGCUGGACCAACUUAUGAGUUAUACCACGGUCGAAUACUAGCCUUUGAUAUCGCAAACUUUGCCAAAGAAUCACUUUCUAGUCGUUUACAAACAUUGGAUCCGAUUCUGUUUGAAGAUAAAGUGCAAAAUCCAGUGUCCACUGAUAAACCCUGGUUUGUCGACUUUUUUGCACCGUGGUGUCCGCCGUGUAUGCGAUUGAUGCCCGAAAUUCGUAAGGCUUCCCGAAGUGCCAAUCAUUUGGUCAACUUUGGUACCAUUGACUGUACUAUACAUUCGACAAUGUGUCGUCAGUAUAACAUCAAAUCCUAUCCAACAGUACUUCUCUAUAACUCAUCGAUUGCACACCAGUUUCAUGGAUCUCAUUCAGAGCAAGAUUUGAUUGAUUUUAUACAUGAGACAUUAGUUCCUUCAGUGGUACACUUGACGCCCGAAUCAUUCAAAGAAUCGGUAGACAAUAAAAAAGGUAACAGUUUUUGGUUGGUUGACUUUUUUGCGCCCUGGUGUGGCCCGUGUCAGCGAUUGGCACCGCAAUGGACUAAAUUAGCUAAACUACUCAAAGAGGAACCAAACGUAAACGUUGGAUCAGUUGACUGUCAGGCGUACGCACAGCUGUGCAGUGAUGCCGGUGUUAGCUCUUAUCCGACCAUUCGUUUGUAUCCAUCUAAAGACUCGAAAUACUAUUCAAAAACCCAAAAGUUUAACAAAUAUAAUGGUAAUAAUAGAGAUGCCGAGUCAUUGAGAGUUUGGGCCUAUAAUUUCAUACCGAGUACUGUCAAAGAGAUCACCAGUGAAGACAUGUUCAAAAAGUUAAUCAAAUCGGACACUGUUUGGCUAAUUGACUUUUACGCACCCUGGUGCUCUCAUUGUACCUAUUUUGCACCUGAAUUUGAAGUCAUCUCAAAGAAAUUAAAAGGCAAAGUAAAGACUGGCAAAGUUGACUGUCAAUCAUUUAGACAGUUAUGCAGAGAUGCCGGCGUUAACGCCUAUCCGACACUUAAAUUGUAUAAAAAAUCAGCUAAAGGUGUAGCUAUUGAUGGCCAGUCAGCUAAAGAAAUCAUACCUAUUGUUGAAGAUUUUCUAUCAGAUGAUAAUCAAGAUAAUAUCAUACGCGACGAGUUAUGACCUGAAUUUUUGACUAAUAAUUGUUUACUUAAUUUAUUUUUAAAAAAUUACAAUUUGGAUACUAUUUUUAAUACAAUUUUUUAAAAAAUGUUUUUAACUGAAAAUAUUAAAAUGC